UGCAGGAUAUCUAGAUUUAUUAAUCAAGUCAAGCCCUUCUUUUGUUAUUUAACCUCCAGAGACCAGUAUGGUCCUUUCUCUUCUUUAUUUAGGUAUGGAAGAACCAGAAGUCAUGCCUCUCAUGAAUAUUCGCUGCUAUCGUCAAUGCAGUAAUGUUGUGGACAGGUUGGAUUGACCCCUAGGUUUGGAAUUUUUCUACCCCAGGGCCUGGCUUGACUUGUAGUUUUGAAGUCUUGAUCAGCUUAUCUGCAAGUUGCCUUUGCCACAGAGAAACAGAUUCAUGUACAGAGAGACUGAUAAUGCACCCUAAAUCCAUUUGCUAAUUUACAGUAAGAAAUAUCAUAAACUUAUCUUCAUAAUAACACUAAUGCAUUACUUUGCUUUAUAGUUACUAAUCUUUGAAUUCAUUAGCUCAUUUUGGAACCUCAUCACUUAACGACUUUUGAACAGAAUGAUCUCAUUUGUUUAUUUUUUUGUUUUGUUUUGUUUUUAAACGAAGGGGCAAUCUUUUUUAAAAAAUUAAUUAAUUUUUGACUGCAUUGGGUCUUCGUUGCUGCGUGCUGGCUUUCUCUAGUUGCGGUGAGUGGGGGCUACUCUUCGUUGGGGUGCGUGGACUUCUCAUUGCGGUGGCUUCUCUUGCUGCAGAGCAAGGGCUCUAGGCGCGCGGGCUUCAAUAGUUGUGGCUCACAGGCUCUAGAGUACAGGCUCAGUAGUUGUGGUUUAGUUGGCUUAGUUGUGGCUUAGCACAUGGGCUUAGCUGCUCCGCGGCAUGUGGGAUCUUCCCGGACCAGGGGCUAGAACCCGUGUCCCCUGCAUUGGCAGGUGGAUUCUUAACCACUGCGCCACCUGGAAAGUCCCGAUCUCAUUUAUUUCUAAACUGCUUAUUUUCUCUAUUUAUCAGGUGGAAAAUACCAAAAAGUGCAAAGUAGAACAGGAGACCAUAUCUUAGUUGUCAAAAAUAACAUGCUGUUAACAAUUCUUCACAUUUCCUUCCUUUUCUAUGCCUAUGUAUAUAAUUGAGAUCAUAUUGUACAUGCCAUUUAAAUGUCAAAGUUUUCUUUUUUUUCUGGUUAAGAUGGCAAUCUAUGACUUUUGUAAAAACUUUCGAAGUGUAGAAAACAAAAGCUCAAAUCAGAAAAUGAAAACCACAUACAGUUUAUUACUGUAGUUAACCAUCGUUAACAUCUUGAUAUAUUUCCUUCCAGUGUUUUACUCCUUUUAAUUUAAUUGAAAAAAAAAAAAAAACUUAGUCGGGAUCACUCCAAAGCAGGAAUGUUUGGAGAGACAGCCUCUGGCUGGGCUGGGAAUCAGGCAGCCUCCAUUCUCAAGUCUAGCGAACUGGAAGCUGCAGAUCAGCACUCUUCUUCCUGGACAGGGGUAGCAAGAAUGAAUAUUUUCUUUUAAAGCUCACUUGUUUCCGUAUUCUAAGCUGAUUUGUACAUUCUUCUCUUUUUCUCCCAGCAUCUUCAAGGCCACCGACACCUCCCCCAUGCUUCAACAAGUUAUCCUUGAUGGCUUCUGGAAGCCCAUUCACUUCUGCUUAACGAAAGACUCCUGCCCCCAUUUCACCUUCUCCUGCGGUGACUGAGGAGGUGGUAGGAGGCCGCUAGUUCGGAGCUUCAAAGGGACCUGCAAACCUGAACAGCGGAGUCGGAGCCCUAGCCCCGCCGCAGGGUCAGGAGCGCCCGGGGGCUCCACUAGGAGGCUCCGUGUCUCUCUAUGGAAGGGUUACGACCCGGGAUGCCUUCGUGGCUAUGUCCCCGCUCCAGGGGAGUGUAGCUCGCAGAGAGGCCAGCCCAGCCUCAUCGCUCCCGAGGUUAUCAUCAGAGCGCAGCUCCACGUGGCUCUGAAUCCUCACAUCCCGCUGCUCUUGGGAGGUCUUUUCUCGUCGUGAGGUUUUUAGGCCCGACGCUCGCUCUCAGCCUCUCGGGAGAUUCCGGCAGGCCUCUGUCCCAGAAAACCAAGGGUCCGAGCUCUCUGCCUCGCUUUGCGAGCCAGGCGAAGUGCGUCCCUUCUCGCUUGCCUUAUGCCGGGCGAGGCGGGGACCGCACUACCGUGCCGCCAGCCGGAAGGGGGGACGCUCACGUGCUUCCCUCUUUUUUCCAGCCGGUAGCAGUGGAUCCCGCGAAACCACCGUUCAGCCUACCAGGCUUGGCGCUGUGGAGUUACUUCUUCCACACGGACGAGGUGAAGACCAUCGUCAAGUCCAGCCGGGACGCCGUGAAGAUGGUGAAGGGCAAGGUGGCCGAGAUCAUGCAGAACGACCGACUGGGAGGGCUCGAUGUGCUGGAGGCCGAGUUUUCCAAGACCUGGGAGUUCAAGAGCCACAAUGUGGCCGUGUAUUCCAUCCAGGGCCGCAGAGACCACAUGGAGGACCGCUUUGAAGUUCUUACGGACCUAGCCAAUAAGACGCAUCCAUCCAUCUUCGGGAUCUUCGACGGGCACGGGGGCGAGACGGCGGCUGAAUAUGUAAAAUCUCGACUCCCAGAGGCCCUUAAACAGCAUCUUCAAGACUACGAGAAAGACAAAGAAAAUAGUGUAUUGUCUUACCAGACCAUCCUCGAACAGCAGAUUCUAUCAAUUGACCGCGAAAUGCUAGAAAAAUUGACUGUAUCCUAUGAUGAAGCAGGCACAACGUGUUUGAUUGCUCUGUUGUCAGAUAAAGACCUCACCGUGGCCAAUGUGGGUGACUCGCGUGGGGUCCUGUGUGACAAGGACGGGAAUGCCAUUCCUUUGUCUCAUGAUCACAAGCCGUACCAGCUGAAGGAAAGGAAGAGGAUAAAGAGAGCCGGUGGUUUCAUCAGUUUCAAUGGCUCCUGGAGGGUCCAGGGAAUCCUGGCCAUGUCUCGAUCCCUGGGGGAUUAUCCGCUGAAAAACCUCAACGUGGUCAUCCCAGACCCAGAUAUCCUGACCUUUGACCUGGACAAGCUCCAGCCCGAGUUCAUGAUCUUGGCAUCAGAUGGCCUCUGGGAUGCUUUCAGCAACGAAGAAGCUGUUCGAUUCAUCAAGGACCGCUUGGAUGAACCUCACUUUGGGGCCAAGAGCAUAGUUUUACAGUCAUUUUACAGAGGCUGCCCUGACAACAUAACAGUCAUGGUGGUGAAGUUCAGGAAUAGCAGCAAAACAGAAGAGCAGUGAACCCUCUGGGGUUUCAGCUGCCUUAGACUAAAGGACUUUCAACACACUGGUCUCUUUUAAUGUAGUGAAAGGUGUGGGAGUUACAGUUAGGAUCAUCCAUCCCAGACAUGGGGUGCCCCAUUCCCGGCCGUCUUAAGUCUAUGUGCCGUGAUGAACAGAGGGUGCUCUUGGCCAAUGUAGUUGAGAGGCUGGAAAAUGGUUUCUUCGUGUUUUCCCAACUCUUUCAUCCAAUGUUCAAAAUAUAUAAAUAUAUAGCUGUAGAAUCACAUGUAUGAAGUGAAUGGCAUAUGUGCCAUAUAUUCUCCUUUUACCAUUGUUUUCAGGAUCCCUUACAGGGCCCUCCAGGCAUCAGACUUUGUGUCCUCUCAUUGGAGCAGUGAGUCAGGGCCGAUGUGGCCACACAGUACGCUAAGGGGCAGAGCUGUCCUGAGAAUGCUUUGUCCUCCUGAGCCCAGGUUUUCUGCUCUGCAGCAGCCCUGCAGAAACAGAUUUGGAAAUGGUUUAUUAUUCUGUGGCUGCUCUUGGAGGCUGAGGUACGUGGGGAAGAUGAGAGCCGCCUGCACGGCAGAAGUAAACUUCUUCCCUCGCUUUCUUUAUUAGUUAAAUAGACUUUGUGUACCACCUGACCAGUCUUUGUGUGUUUAUCCUAAUCAUGCAUGACCUUAAUCUUUGGCCUACACCAUACCUAAUGUAAUAGGCAGCUGUUAAACUUUACCACCAGACACCACGAUUUUUUUACAUUACCACGUGAAAAAAGCAAAUCACAGUACAUAAUUCCUUCUACCUUUAAGGGUAGGUAGAGGACGCCAUGGCCGAAUAAGUCACAGCGCCGCUUGGGAAGUCGGCUAUUUGCAUUCAGAGAGAACGCGGGUGAGGUCGCCACCUCGAAUCGAGCUCCAGCUGCCCGGUUUUGUGCAUUUUUUCCUCUCCUGUUCUAGUAGCUUUCAAGUGUCUCUGAAGCAGUGUUCUGAGAAGCAGCGGUGUAGAACUGCAUGUGUGCUCCCUGAAGCCGAGUACAGAGUUCGCAGCCAAGUUUUGGAAUUUGGUGGUAAAUUACUGGGAUGUGCUUCUGCUAGACGGUGGAAAGGCAGCAGUCUUUAACAUUUGGUUGCAAACCACUGAGUUAUUUUCGCGGCCAGACUUGCUGCUUUUCAUUUCUUAUCACCAAAGUCACAUUUCCAAUCUCAGUAUUUUAUAAGUUAAUUACAGAAAAUGCUGGGUCAUCCUGUUUCCCUGGCUGAGGGGCUCAAACAGCCAAACAAGAUUUUCAUUGCAUCCCCACCCCUCUGUGUCUGAAAUGCCAGGGCGUCCACCUGGUUUUGUCCUUCCAGAGUGAGCAUUUGCCUUUAUAGCUUCUGAAAGGCCCCAUUCACUGGCCACCUCCUGCCCACGAUGCCACUUCCCUGCCUUCUUCAGCUGUGGAGCUUUUCUGAAGCAAGUUCUAGGAGUGAACUCAGGAGGAUGAAAAGAUUCCUUUGUGGCUGCCAAGGACUGUAAUCUGUCUGGAUUCCUCUAAGCACUUAACCUUUCUUUGAAAGAAUUAAUAGUGGUUUCCCAAGAGACGUGCUUACUUUGGUAAACUAUAACAUUAGAAUUUACAAUAUGAGAAUUAGAACCUCGUUUUUUUUUUUCUUCUUUUUUUAAGCCAUAGAAUGUUCUAGUACAAAAUACCUUCCACCAUGUUAGAUUGGAGUAUCUGCCUAUUGAGAGACACUGAACAUUUGGAUGUGUGUAUUUGAGGCGGGGGUUGGAAAGGGAAUGUGGGAGACAUGCAGGUUGUGAUCAGGGAUGGGACAGUCAGGCCAGGUGGCCUGAGUUUGCUUGGUGAUUUUAGGACGUUCUGAUUCUGGAGAGUUACCAAAGCCCACCCUCUAACCGGAGUCCAGGAAUAAGCAGUGUCAGCGUAUUACGGUAUGCAGUUAAUUUUCCUUUUUUAUUUUUAACUUAACCCAAAAUUCAUAAUAACGAUGGAAAGAUAUUUUUAAAUUCUAUGAUCACUGUGAUUGUCUAAAAUGAAAACGGUACUGUUUUGGUGAAGAUGAAGGAGAAAAGCGACUAAGUAAAUUAGUGUUUAUUUGCCCUGCAAAAUGUCUUACUAGAUGGUGCUGAGUGCAGGAGUGCAUGGCUUUCCCUCUGAGGUUCACAAGGCAUCUUCUAAACUUUGCUUUGUAGAAUUAAUUCAUUUCUGACUUUAAUCAAGUAGUGUGUGUAUUUUUUACUCCCUUUCUGCCUCUUUUUCUCCCACUUUGGCUUGCAGAUUUUUGAAAAACAGAAGUUCUAGGCAAAAUAGUAGCAGUUUGAUUAAUAGUUAUGUCUCAAAUCAGGCUACUUUGUUCCCUUCCCCAUCCUCCUGGAGCUCUCUCUCCCUGAGCAGCCUCCAGCUGUCGGGGGUCUGCACACACCACCCAGCAUACCCUGUGGCUCACCGGCCAGCCACUCCCAUUUUCCAGGGACAGGGAAGGUUGAGUCUAGUUAGGGAAAUUGAUUUGAGAAGUUUGCAUGUGAAGCUUCCCUAAACAGCACUGCCAAAGCUUUGGAAUUGUCACCCAGACCCCCUAGCCUGAGUUCGUAUUGCCAAUAGCCCCUAUGGUGCCAAAUUUUGGAAUGGUUUUAUAGUCUUUUAGAAAUGAAGCUGGGAACCAAUGAUCAUGUGCUUAUGAGCCCCCAGCAAGAUGCCAAGCCCAGGUCUUCAUUAAUGCACUGCUCUCCCACUGCUCCACUGGUAAUCUGUACUCUUAAACUGGGUUGGGAUUGGGGGGUGGGGGGAGAGACAGGGAAACUUUUUUUUUAAUUCACUGUAUUUGCAAUUCUCUAAUAAAAGGAAUAAAUAAUACUUAUAUGGAAAACUCCAAAGCUAGCUCCCAAGACCGGCAUUUAUUUCACAUGACCAGCUUGCCCAUGGCACUUAGCUCUGAGGUCGCUGUUCUAAUGCAACAUGACUGUACAUCUUACUGGUAACCAGUGGCUACAUUCUAUUCCUUGCCUUGGACUGAAGGCAUUGGGCUCUAGAAUCUUGUCUAUGUGGUAAGAGUAUUACAGAGUGUUUUAUAGAGUGAUGGAGCAUAUGUGAUCUGGAUAAUUUAAAACAGGUCUUAUUUCAUACAGCUGUGAUGAUUUCAGUCCAUGAACAUUUUGUGCAAACAGGAUUGCACAAGUGAUGGCAUCAUCAACACUAUUUGAAGUGAUCCUAGGAAGUUGAUUACACGAUUGAAUUGGAUCGCUAGGAUAUCUGGCAAUACAUGAGGGAUUCACAAAGGGAGUGAUCGCUUUUUCCUUUGCCAGGUAUAUUUGAUUUUCCUGACAUUUCCCCCCGCCCCACCCCGAGUUGUUGCCAGAUCUAACUCUCUUGCAACUGGGAACACAAAAACUUUAGAAAGGGCAACAUUUCCUUGUACACUUGUAAGUAUAGGAAUUCAUACUCUGGAUAAGGUUUUAUUUUCCCAAUGACCUCAGAAAAUUGUUUCCUCCUUUUGACCCAUUAUUAGACUGAUCUUCUCUUAAUUUUCCCCCCAAAUUGCCUUAGCUUAUCACACCAGCAUUCCUGACCCAGCUCUGCAGAAAUGACAUGACCAUUAGAUACCAUGCUGGGUCCUAUUUAAUUGACUCUGGAUUAAAUCCUUCACAUCUAGACUUCUAAGCUAAUUAGUUGAACACUGCAGGAGUAAUGAGAUACAGUGUUCCCCAAAGUGUGCUCCACAGGACACAAGUUCCAAAGAUACUGUUCCAAACACGGGGCUCCAGCGUCAAAUGAGUUUGGGAAACAUACUAUCCUAGAAAGUUAGUACAUAUAAGCACAUCAAAGGUUCUAAUUUAAAUAUCCCCCAGGGGAACUAAAUAAACACCACAAAUGUAAUUCCAGUGUUUUCCAGAUUAAUCUGACCAUGCAAACUUUUUUGAGUAACACCUAGUAACACUUCAAGGAGCUCCUGUUCCACAGCACCCACUUUGGGAAAUUCUGCUAUAUGGAAAUAUUACUGUUUUCUCAUUCACUAUGACUCUUAGCAGUUGCAGUAUAGUUUGCAAUUUAGCAGCACUAAUUCUUUCACGGAAGAGACUGAUUUGUUACUGAAAGCAGUAUUAAGAAAUAGUAUGAUUUAAUCUAAUUGUAUCGAUAGCAGAAGCCCAACAAUCCUGCUUGAAACUCUAAACAUGGGCUCCCUUCUUUUUAUGUGAAUAGUAAGCAAGAGCCUUGCCAUACCUAAGGAUUUCUCAAAUUUGUUCCAAGGGCUUUCGGUUGCUUUUUUGAAGUUAUCUUUGCUUUCCAGAUGGAAUCAAAGUAAAUAUUUUUACAUUUUAUCACUGUGUGAGAGUUUAAAAAAAUAUUUAAAAUAAUAGAAAAGGGGGAAUGGCAUAUUUGGUAUGAAUUCAUUUUUUAAAUUCUAACUAGAUUUUUUUAAAUUAUGUAUCCAUUGUAUAAUAACGGAAAUGUAAACUAUUUACUUAUUCUCUUUUCUUAUUCUUUCUGAAAUCCCUGUCCCAUGUUGUCCCACCUUUCACAUUUUAUAUAUAUAUAUGUAUAAUUAAGUUGGGCAAGUUAUUUGGAGAGAGAAUCCCCAAAUCACAGAGGAAGCAAAUCUAGUCAAAAAUAUGGUACAAAGUGAAUUUAGGAUAAAGUCAUUACCUUAAAAUUAUAUCCAAUAUUUAGGAAUACACCCUCCCUUUGGUUGUUAUCCAGAAUAGUAUAAAACAGAAAGUAAAAUCACUUAGACUAGGUGGCAGAUUGCAAAGGGCAAGUGACAGUUGACACUAUAAGGCGUCCGUUAGAUAUGUAGCUCUAAACUUGUUUUCUAGUAUGUAAAUUUAUUUGCUAAUUCUUAAUAAUGUUGAUGCUUUGUCCAUUAUUUUUUAUUUUUACUACUGUUAAGCUGCAAACUGUUUAACCAAGGGUUGAUUUUGAUCAUGUUUAUGUGUUUAGUAGUAACCACGCCAUCAUUUGUACAAUCAUUUCAGUAAAUACAAGUUAAGGAUUUAGAAGAAAACAUGUAGCAACUGUUCAUUAUAGCAGAUCAUUAUAAGCAUUUGCACAAUUCAAAACUCCACCCAAAAGCAAGCAAGUAGCAAAAGUGUAGAUUACAUUUAGAGAUGUGGUUCCAUUUACUCUAGAAAUCCUAUAAUCUGGCAUUAUAAUCCCCUCUGACAUUUGCCAAAUCCAAAUUAAUCUCAAAACCUCCAAGGACCAGAGUCCCUAGCUUUCAGCACAAGCAGAUUACUGUGAGGGCUCCAAUGGCAGAUUGUGGUUGGGGGGAGGGUUAAGGGGCAGGGCAGUCUGCCUGGGUCUCUGCCUCCAUAGGAAAGGGCCCAUGUUUCAGCCACACUCUCCCAUCACCUUUUGUCAUGAAGAAAUUCAGAGGUUAAGUGUGAUGUCAUGCAGUAUCUCAACAUAUUCCUGUAUUAAUUAGACAGUGCAUAAUUUAAAAUGUGUUCGUGCAGAAGCAAAGGUAGAAGUAAUAGUCAAGGAAUUGGGGGAGGCGGGGGGUGGAGAAAACCUUUAGGAUACUCAGACAUUAAAAACAAAAAGUAGGUUAUCAAAAAUUUAGAUUAUUAGACUUUUACCUGCAUAGGUUGUAUUUAAUAGCAAUUGCUGACACCUGCAUAUACAUCUGUAGAAGGCAGUUUUCCCCACUUUUCACCUAUUGAGAUGCAAGCCUCCCCAUUUAGAGUAUUGGCUAAUGCUUUGCUUACAUGUUAACAAAUACAAUUCUAAAGCUCCUUUUCUUAGGACUGAUGGCACAGGUAGAAUAACAUUUAUGCAAAAUAAUUUGGAACAUUUUUUAAUUUUAAAAAAUGCAAAAUUAAUUUCCAGUGAGAUCAAAGUCAGAAUGUAAAGAAAAGCAUUCUCAAGAAAAUAUACAAGACAGGGACUUCCCUGGUGGUCCAGUGGCUAAGACUCCACGCUCCCAAUGCAGGGGGCCCGGGUUGGAUCCCUGAUCAGGGAACUAGAUCCUGCAUGCCGCAACUAAGAGUUCACAUGCCGCAACGAAAGAUCCCGCACACGGCAACGAAGAUCCCAUGUGCCACAACCAAGACCCAGUGCAGCCAAAUAAAUAAAUAAAUAAAAAUUAAUUAAUUAAUUAAAAAAAUAAAGUAUACAAGACAAAAAUCAAAGGAGAAUAAUAUAAAAUAUUUUAAAUUAAGACAUUUUAUGACAUUGUGAAUCAUGCUUUCUGAUAUUUGUGCUCUUUCUGAAGUUGAGAUAACACUGAAGUAAGAAUGAAUUCUGAGUUAUCUGUAAAGUUAGUAAAAUUACAGUCCCUAUUCCAUUCUUUCCCAGUGAAAAUAGAUACAUGUGGUCUUAUUUACUGUUCUCCUAAACCACUUUUAACUGUCCUAGGUACUGUUUACUUUCCAAAUGCUAGACAUCGUUUUACCCUGAAUCCUUAGAAUUUGUGCAUUUUCAAGGAGGGAAUACCCCUUUUUCGUAAAAGAGACUAAAUGAUAGACCUUCCAUUUUAGAGUGCUCCAAUAAAACUAAAGUCAGAUAAACACAGUCACAGCUGCAUCUGGGGGCGAGUUUUAAAACUGGUAAUUUUCCAAAUGCCAACAUGAAUACCAGUGAGUAUUCAAUUUAAAACAGAUGAUUUCACAAAGACAAAGCACAGGGUUAUUUAAUGUUCCUGCUUCCUACAGAGUUUUCCAUAUAAUGAAAAGGGUCAUGUUUGCUCAUAUAAUUUUUUUUAAUCCUGUAGAAAUGAUGUAUUAGACAUCUCUAACUGAAGAGAAUGAUGUCUCUUGUGCACAUUUUAUAUCCCCAUCUGUCUCAGUAUAUGCAGAGACAAACAGUGAUGCUUAGUGUAAUAAUGAAAAGAUAUAAAUCCUGCUACAUGGGAAAAAACUAUAACCAUGGGAUAUUAAGCAAGAAUACUCCCCCUAUUUAGGCUCCAAGACUACAACCAGUCUAGGUAUUUUUCAUCUUGAUUUCCCUUUAUCUCAGGCAUAUAUUCAGAAAAAUGGAGUAAUAAGUACAGAAUUGGAGAAGAUCCAAUAACUUUUGUUCCUAUUUUAGAAAGCAGUGUUUGCCUUUUUAAAAUUUUGUCAGAAAUACAUGUUCACAUUGAAACAUUGACAUCUACAGCAUUGUUUUUGGUUUACUCUGUCAGUUACUAAAGCCAGUGGUUUUGAUUUAUAGCACUCACAUAAUUUCAGUUCAGAUUAUAAAAGGUUGAAAUCUAUUUUGCAAUGCCUCCUUGGUCAGCCGGGAAAAAGAAAACAAAAGCAAAAAACGAUGACAUUUUAGAGUUCAGAAGAAUGAUUAUUCUAACAAGCCUGAAAAAUAGUAAUGAAACAGUUCAUUCCAAAACACCCCAAUGUGAACUAUGUUCACAUA